CCUGUUCUGUGUCCGCAGUCUCUGGUCAUCCCCUGUACUAUGUCCGCAGUCUCUGGCCAUCUCCUGUACUAUGUCCGCAGUCUCUGGUCAUCUCCUGUACUAUGUGUGCAGUCUCUGGUCAUCCCCUGUACUAUGUCCGCAGUCUCUGGUCAUCUCCUGUACUGUGUCCGCAGUCUCUGGCCAUCUCUUGCACUAUAUCCGCAGUCUCUGGUCAUCUCCUGUACUGUGUCCACAGUCUCUGGUCAUCUCCUGUACUAUGUCCGCAGUCUCUGGUCAUCUCCUGUACUGUGUCAGCAGUCUCUGUUCAUCUCCUGUACUAUGUCCGCAGUCUCUGGUCAUCCACUGUACUAUGUCCGCAGUCUCUGGUCAUCUCCUGUACUGUGUCUGCAGUCUCUGGUCAUCUCCUGUACUAAUGUCUGCAGUCUCUGUCCAUCUCCUGUAGUAUGUCUGCAGUCUCUGACCAUCUCCUGUAGUAUGUCUGCAGUCUCUGACCAUCUCCUGUAGAAUGUCUGCAGUCAUUGUCCAUCUCCUGUAGUAUGUCUGUAGUCUCUGUGCAUCUCCUAUAGAAUGUCUGCAGUCUCUGUCCAUCUCCUGUAGAAUGUCUGCAGUCUCUGUCCAUCUCCUGUAGAAUGUCUGCAGUC